AUGAGGCCGGACAAGUUCUACAAUCACCGGGCGGGGCCAGCGUCGGCGUGCUGCACGGGCAGGGGAGUCGUGCUCCAGGUUGCCAAGCGCCUGGAGUUCUGGCUCUUCCUGCUCGUCCACAUCGGCGUGAGCGUCGCUUGGCGUAUGGGGUUCCUGCAGAACUGGGCGGACAUGUCGAUGUCCUUCCUGCACGCGCCCUGGCACGAGGCUGGCGUGGUGACGCUGAUCACUGUGCUGUCGGAGCUGGCCUACUUGGGCAGGUGCUAUGACAUUCACGUGCACGUCCACGACCUCACCAGGAGCUUCUUUGCCAGAGACGAGCGUCGGGAAGCCAUGUCCAAGGUGAGUGCCUACCACCUGCUGAUCAAGCACGAAGAACAGCUCACGAAGCUGGCCAAGGCGCACUCCGAUUGCGGCUCCUUCAAAAUAGGCGGCGACCUGGGCGAGUUUGGGAAGGGCGACAUGCAGAAGCAGUUCGAAGACGGCACGUACGCCCUCUCAGUCGGGGGGCUCAGCGGCAUCGUCGAUUCCGACAGCGGCUUGCACCUCAUCCUGCGCUACGCUUGA